GGGACCGUGCACGGCUGGUGGGCGGGAGGUCACUUGAGUGCAUUCGACGUUUGUGUCGACUCGAACAACGUGUGGUGUGGCGCCACACGCGGCACUAGCAGCAUGCAGCCUCAGGCAGAAGGACCCAAGUACGCCCAUCCGCAGGUGGUCUUCUUCACCUGCUUCUUCAAGGCAGCCGCAUUGGGCUUCUACCUGCUGGGCAGCUGGUUCACGAGCAGCUUUGUGAUUGACUUCGUGGUGUGCGUGCUGCUCAUCGCGCUCGACUUCUGGGUGGUGAAGAACGUGAGCGGCCGCAUCCUCGUGGGGCUGCGCUGGUGGAACGAGACUGAUGAGUCGGGGGAGACGCUCUGGCACUUCGAGUCGCUCGACCAGGCGUCGUUGGACCAGCUGAGCAAGACUGACGCAUGGGUCUUCUGGUGGACACUCUACUGCACGCCAGCACUAUGGCUGGGGCUGGGCCUCAUCCAGGUCAUCCGGCUGAGCUUCGACUAUCUGCUCAUUGUCAUCGUGGCUCUCGUGCUCGGCGCCGCCAACAUCUACGGCUACACCAAGUGCCGCCGAGAUGCCAAGAAGCAGAUCCAACAGUUUGCAGCACAGACCAUGGCACAGAAUUUCGCCUCCACUCUCACCUCUGCCCUUGCGCCCAAUUCGACAGGAAUGCUGAGCAAAAAGAGACGACCAAAGGGCUCCAUCAUGACGGAGCGUCGUCUCUUCAGUGAGCGUAUGCUAUGGAUCCUGCCUGUGCUAGUCUACGCAACCUCCGCUGCUGAUUGUGUUGCUGCCGCCAGACCUUGGCCGUCAAGAAUUGCCCCUGUUACCACGGUUGGAAAUAGUAGUCGCUUUCAAUGGCUGUCUAGCGCCAAUGCGCCUCGUGUCAUCUUCUCACGUACUUCGAGGAAGCAGGCUUUCAACUACUGGAGCUAUCUCUCUGGAGCCGCCCCCGCGCUGCUGCGCGAGAUGCAGGCGGAGAUGUUCUCGACAGCAGCGGCCCUGGGGCUCGUCAGUAACGGCGAAAGGGGCAACUCUGGUAACCUGGACCUUUCACGAAACGCGCAGAGUCAGUUCAACACGGCCGUGCCAUCUUUUGGUAUUCCUGGUCUUGCCCUGCUGGGUCGACGACUGCUCGAUCGCCAUGACCAUUUGCGAAGGAAGCUUGAGUCCCUGCGGAUCGCUUCAGCCCUCCAAGUGGUCACGCGCGUGUUCGACAGCAGCAGCGGCAGCAGCCGCAAGCAGGUGGGACCGAACGCGGGCAUGGGCGCGUACGCGCAGAGCGGCAACAUCGGCAGCAUCAACAACCAGAACACCGUCAACGACCAAUCCGCGGACGCCACCAAAACUGGCCCUGGAACUCCCGGCGUCAUCGCGACGCCGUACUCGCAAUACCAGCGGCGCGGGGCGACAGCGUACCAGACCAACACGCAGUCGCAGACGGCGACGACCAAUGGCAUCACGCCAACGUACCAGUUCGGGUCCACGUCAGCGACCAACACGAUCACGGCCGUAGGCGGGGGCGCCGGGUACGGCGGGUUGGGAGCUCUUGCGGGGGGCACGGGGGCGGCGCUUGGCUCGCUGAGCAGCGCGGGGGUGCCGUUUGCGACGGUGCUCAUGUCGACGAAUCCGACUGGCGAUCCUGUUGGCACAGGGGUGCGGUGCGUGAGCCAGUUUGCCGGCGGCGGGUGCAGUGAGGAGGGGUUUCUGCCCGCUGCUCAUGCGAGCGCGAGGCCCAUCGAGGUGAUCUCUGAGCUUGGACCAGCAAGGGCGUAG